CUUUAGAUUCUUUUUAAAGAUAAUCUCCUUUCUCUCUAGAUUAUACGCGUUUGCCUAUUUUCCCUUUUCUGAUCUUAUUUCCUUGCACGACAUAUCUACUUCUUCUCACCCAAUUGUGGGUACCAAAAAUUUCUAAAAUUUCGGCCAGGAUUCGCCAGAUUCACACCAGAGCUUAUAUAACAGCAUUGUUUUCUCUUCCUUUCUCCUCGAUUUUACCUGGGUUUGUUUUGAUUUUCAGUGAUUAAGAUGGGGGGUUUUGGGUUUUUAAAGAUAUUAUUGUUAAUGAGUAUGGUUUGGUUGAUUGAUGGAACCCUUGAUGGGCUUGGCGUGAACUGGGGAACUAUGGCGACCCAUAAGCUUCCUCCUAAGACAAUUGUUCAGAUGUUGAAAGAUAAUGGUAUAAACAAGGUGAAGCUGUUUGAUGCUGAUCAGAGUACAAUGAAUGCUUUAGCUGAUUCAGACCUUGAAGUUAUGGUGGCUAUCCCCAAUGAUCAACUUGCUUCUAUGAACAGCUAUGAUCGAGCUAAACAAUGGGUCAGCAAGAAUGUCACUCGUUACCAUUUCACUGGAGGAGUUAACAUCAAAUACGUUGCUGUUGGGAAUGAACCGUUUCUGAAAUCUUAUAACAAUUCAUUCUUGAAUAUUACUUUUCCUGCUCUUCAAAACAUUCAAAAUGCACUUAACGAAGCUGGUUAUGGAGAUCAAAUCAAAGCAACGGUUCCACUUAACGCUGACGUCUAUGAAUCACCGGCUGGUAACGCAGUUCCAUCAGCGGGAAGGUUCAGACCGGAUAUCAGUGGUCUAAUGACACAAAUAGUUCAGUUUCUGAGCCAAAAUGGAGCGCCUUUUACAGUCAACAUUUACCCAUUUUUAAGUCUAUAUGGAAAUGAUAAUUUCCCAGUUGAUUAUGCAUUCUUUGAUGGAACCGCCACUCCUGUUCAAGACACCAAUGGUAUUCUUUACACAAAUGUUUUCGACGCGAAUUUCGACACUUUAGUUUCGGCUCUGAAAUUAGCAGGAUUUGGAGAAUUGCCAAUUUUGGUUGGAGAAGUUGGAUGGCCGACAGAUGGGGAUAAGAAUGCGAACAAGAAUUUGGCUAUGAGAUUUUACAAUGGGCUUUUACCUAGGUUAGCUGCUAAUAAAGGGACACCACUUCGUCCUGGGCAUUUACAAGUUUACUUAUUUGGACUUCUUGAUGAGGAUAUCAAGAGUAUUAUGCCGGGGAAUUUCGAAAGGCAUUGGGGGAUUUUUGGGUAUGACGGGCAGCCGAAAUACAGUUUGGAUCUUUCAGGACAGGGGCAGAAUACAUUUCUGAUCGGUGCCAAGGAUGUGAAGUAUUUACCUGCGAGCUGGUGUGAGUUCAAUCCGAACGCUAAGGAUUUGAGUAAGCUUGCAGAGAAUAUCAAUUUCGCUUGUACAUUUGCGGACUGCACCCCACUUGAAUUUGGUUCUUCUUGUAAUGGUUUGGAUGCAAAUGGGAAUGCGUCGUAUGCGUUUAACGCUUACUAUCAGGGUCAGAAUCAAGGGGAUUUGAGCUGUAAUUUUCAAGGUCUCGCGAGAGUAACGUCGCAGAACUUGUCUACUCCGACAUGUAAUUUCGCUGUUCAGAUCGAUUAUCCUACGUCGAGGACCUCAGGACUCUUUGUUGGAGCUCAUUUGGUUACAUUCUUUGUCCUGCUUCUGCAGAUCUUAUUUUUGUAGAAGUCUUUUAUAUACAUUAUUUAUGGUCAUUGAUUGACAUUUUUCCUUAUUUGAAACAACCACCUUCAAUUCAAUUUUUUCAAUUACAGAUGACAAUCAAAAGCUUAUUAAUAUAAGAAAUCUGAAGCAUUUCUCAUUACAAGCUAUAAAAGUGAACAACUUCAGAUAAAAGUUUAACAGAUA